AUGGCGGCGGCGGCGGCGGCGGCAGCGGUGGGUGUCCGGCUCCGGGACUGCUGCAGCCGGGGCGCCGUACUCCUGCUCUUCUUCUCGCUGUCCCCUCGGCCCCCGGCCGCGGCCGCCUGGCUGCUGGGUCUGCGGCCUGAAGACACUGCCGGAGGCCGCGUCUCCCUGGAGGGGGGCACCCUGCGCGCGGCCGAAGGCACCAGCUUCCUGCUGCGCGUCUACUUCCAGCCUGGGCCCGCGGCGCCCGCCCAGCCCGUGCCGGAGGCACCCGGCGUCGCCCCGGCGGACAACGGCACGGGCGACUGGACCCCGCGGCUCGUGUUCAUCGAGGAGCCCCCAGGCGCGAGCGGCGCGGCGCCCAGCGCGGUGCCCACGCGCCCCCCAGGACCGCAGCGCUGCCGCGAGCAGAGCGACUGGGCGUCGGACGUGGAGGUGCUGGGGCCGCUGCGGCCCGGGGGCGUGGCGGGCUCGGCCCUGGUCCAGGUGCGGGUGCGAGAGCUGCGCAAGGGCGAGGCGGAGCGCGGCGGCGCGGGCGGCGGCGGGAAGCUCUUUUCGCUGUGCGCCUGGGACGGGCGCGCUUGGCACCACCACGGCGCCGCCGGCGGCUUCCUGCUGCGCGUCCGCCCGCGGCUCUACGGGCCUGGUGGGGACCUGCCGCCCGCGUGGCUGCGAGCGCUCGGCGCGCUCCUGCUGCUGGCCCUGUCCGCCCUGUUCAGCGGCCUGCGUCUGAGCCUGCUGUCGCUGGACCCGGUGGAGUUACGGGUGCUGCGGAACAGCGGCUCGGCCACCGAGCAGGAGCAGGCGCGCCGCGUGCAGGCCGUGCGCGGCAAGGGGACCCAUCUGCUCUGCACCCUGCUCCUGGGCCAAGCCGGGGCCAACGCCGUCCUGGCAGGCUGGCUGUACGCCUCGCUGCCGCCGGGCGUCGGGGACCCCGGGGAAGGCUACGGCGAGGCUGGGGUUCACUUCCCGUGGCUGCCGGCGCUCGUGUGCACCGGCGCGGUGUUCCUGGGAGCCGAGAUCUGCCCCUACUCGGUGUGUUCGCGGCACGGGCUGGCCAUCGCCUCACACAGCGUGUGCCUCACGCGGCUGCUGAUGGCCGCCGCGUUCCCCGUGUGCUACCCGCUGGGCCGCCUGCUGGACUGGGCGCUGCGCCAGGAGAUCAGCACCUUCUACACGCGCGAGAAGCUGCUGGAGACGCUGAGGGCCGCCGACCACCCGUACAGCGACCUGGUGAAGGAGGAGCUCAACAUCAUCCAGGGUGCCCUGGAGCUGCGCACCAAGGUGGUGGAGGAGGUGCUGACCCCCCUGGGGGACUGCUUCAUGCUGCGCUCCGAUGCCGUGCUUGACUUCGCCACGGUCUCCGAGAUCCUCCGCAGCGGCUACACUCGCAUCCCGGUGUACGAGGGUGACCAGAGGCACAACAUUGUGGACAUUCUGUUCGUCAAGGACUUGGCCUUUGUGGACCCCGACGACUGUACCCCGCUCCUUACAGUCACUCGCUUCUACAACCGGCCCCUGCACUGCGUCUUCAACGACACCCGACUGGACACGGUGUUGGAGGAGUUUAAGAAGGGAAAAUCUCACCUAGCCAUUGUCCAGCGAGUGAAUAAUGAGGGAGAAGGGGACCCUUUCUAUGAGGUGAUGGGCAUUGUCACACUGGAAGACAUCAUAGAAGAGAUCAUCAAGUCAGAAAUCCUGGAUGAAACAGACCUCUACACUGACAAUCGGAAAAAGCAGAGGGUCCCUCACCGGGAGAGGAGGCGACAUGACUUCUCCCUGUUUAAGCUUUCCGACUCAGAGAUCAGAGUGAAGAUAUCACCACAGCUUCUGCUUGCCACACAUCGCUUCAUGGCCACAGAAGUGGAGCCUUUUAAAUCUCCAUACCUUUCGGAGAAGAUCCUGCUCCGACUCCUAAAACAUCCCAACGUGAUCCAGGAGCUAAAGUUUGAUGAGCGGAACAAGAAGGACCCGGAACACUACCUCUACCAGCGCAACCGCCCUGUCGACUACUUUGUGCUGCUUUUACAGGGUAAAGUGGAAGUGGAGGUUGGUAAGGAAGGCCUUCGCUUUGAGAAUGGAGCCUUUACCUACUAUGGUGUUCCAGCCAUCAUGACCACUGCCUGCUCAGAUAAUGACGUGCGGAAGGUUGGAAGUCUGGCUGGAUCCUCUGUCUUUCUGCCUGCCUCUGUGUCUCGUACCUUCGCCUUCAGCAGAGGGGACUCUCUGGCAGGCUCCCCAGUAAACCGGUCCCCUUCUCGCUGCAGCGGGUUGAAUCGCUCCGAGUCUCCAAACCGAGAGCGUAGCGACUUCGGCGGGAGCAACACCCAGCUGUACAGUGGCAGCAACAACCUCUACACACCUGACUACUCGGUCCACAUCCUCAGUGAUGUGCAGUUUGUGAAGGUCACCCGGCAGCAGUACCAGAAUGCACUCACUGCCUGUCACAUGGACAACUCCCCCCAGUCCCCAGACAUGGAAGUUUUCACUGAUGGAGACUCCACCAAGGCCCCCACAGCCCGGGGAACACCCCAGACUCCUAAAGAUGACCCUGCCCUCACCCUCCUGAGCAAUAGGACAAGCCUGCCGUGCAGCCGCUCGGAUGGGCUGAGAAGCCCCAGCGAGGUGGUGUACCUGAGGAUGGAGGAGAUCGCCUUUCCGCCAGAAGAAGUGACCAAGUUCGAGGGCCACAAGAUUCAACACUCGCUGUCUCCUGCAGCUGUUUCUGGGACAGCAGCAUCAGAUAAUGAAUGUUGUAAUAUUGACCUGGAUCCAGAGACCAGCAGCCCUUGCAGUAGUGACCAUGAAGAAACCAUGGGCAAGAAGCUGCUGAGAACCUUGAGUGGUCGAAAAAGGAAGAGGUCAGCAGAUGGAGAGAGAACCUCUGAAGAAAACUCCAACUUAACACCACUGAUCACAUGAUGAAGGGGAGACUUCUUUGUCUGAGUGUGAGAUUCCAGGGCUUUCAGGGGAGGUUCUGCCCUCCCAUCAUCCCCUCCCCACAGCUCCCACCAGUGAAAGAACAUUCUGCCUUCCUUUCCACCUCUUCACCCUUCGCUGUCCAUUUGGCAGGUUUUGCCAGUUGCCUCCAGUUUGACACAGGAAAUACCUCUAAUGGAACAUGCUAGAGAUGGUCUUGCCCAUAGCACAGUCCAGGACUGAAGAAGAGGACAAAGUGGACAAUGCCACUCUGGUUCUUUUGGUGCCCCAGGGCCCUAAGCAGCUCAUGUUCUGGACCUUACCAUUUUUUUCCUUCAAAACAAAACGAUCCUUUCGACCAUAUUUCAUGCCUAACUUAAGUCAGAAGGUGGUGCUAGCAGACAGGCAUGUGGGAGGCUGGAAUAGCAGGUAUGAAGGUCAGUUCCUGAACAGACCAAGAAUUCCUGCAGAACUUCAAAGUGUGAGACUCAGCUGUGCCUACCUGUGACUGAUGUCACAGCACACAAACUGUCAAGUGACUGUUUCUUGCCAGAUAAAGACUCCAGCAGCUUGGGGAAGGACAACUCAAAAGAAAGAAUGUGAGAUGGAGCUAGUCAUUGCUUUUUUUUCCCAGGGAUGAAUAAGUUUUGGCUUCCAAUCACUAGUCAUUCAUUUAUCAAUGAAUAUGCUCCAGAAAAGGAGGAGCAAGGGAGCAGAAACCAGUUGGGAGCCAAACAUGGAACUUCAGGUUUUAAGUGCAAAUGGAGGCAGGAAAAAAAAUUUAUAUAUAUAUAUCUCUCCAAGCUGUAAAAGUGAGUUUAGCCAUGAUAAACCAAAGAGUGCCCAGGUCAGCCAAGAAGGAUGCCCGUGCUCUCACGGAACUUCAGUGUGCAUUACAAAGGAAUGUUGACAAAUCACUUUUUUGUUUUUAUUCCACCCCACCCCACGCCUUAUACCCUUAGCAGGUUAGCCCAGUCCUUUAUUCCAAGAGUCUGCUAGAUCUCUAGUUUUUCUCCUGGGUGUUGGAGUAGGUGUAAUUCCAAGCAUGACCACAAGAUAGCAGGGUAUCUAUACAUAUUUACUCCCAAGAACAAAACAGUUCUGACUGGAAACCACAGCCAGCGCAAAGGAAAAUUUACAAGUGAAGUUUCUGGAUAAUCUCCCACCCUUAGUUGCCCCCAGUCAGCACCCAGAAACCCAGCACUGCCUGCUGAAUCUCCAAUCCACUUCCAUGCUUUUCCCUGCGGUGCACUGUCCAGCUUUCCUUCUCUUCCUUCCAGACCAUCACUCUCCUCACAACCAUCUAGUCACAUAGCAGGCAGAAACUGAUAAUUCCUCAGAGCUAUUUGUGUCUCAAAGGAUAACACUUACCCGCAGGAACUCUGUUUAACUCAGGGGUUGUUAACCUGGGGUCCAUCACCCCAGAGGGUCCAUAGUUGGACAUCUGAGGGUCUAUAAAACCCUCAAACCUGUCAGAAUUUGGUGUAUGUGUUCUUGUGUAUGUUUUCCAGAGUUGAAGGUUUCCGAAGAUUCUCUAAGUCCUCAGACCUACAAAAGGGUUAAAGAAAGCAAAUACUAUUUUAAAUAGUGGAACUUUGAACCCAGUGUUUCUGCAAGGCAGAGUGAAGUGAAUACUGGGCACUUUGAGAAAAUAUUUAAUUCUGAAUGGUCAAGUGUCCCUUAGUCAGUGGGGAAGGCUGGCACCCACGAAGAAUCAGGAGUCCUCACACCAUACAGUAUUGUACAACCUAGACCCCAUAUAACUUAUGCCCACUACCCACCAAACCAGAGCAGGUGUUGCCAACAGGAAGGCCACAGCCCAUCAGAGGGACGACUUAGAACUAGAGGCGCCUCUUCCAGCAACAUGUCACUGACUUCUCAUGCCCCUUGCUUGGCCUGAGGCUCAGGCAUGCAUGUGUUUUCCCAGCUAACUCCACAGCCACCCCUCCCCACCUGCUCUUGCCUGGUAGGAAUAGACAGUGUCAGCCCUCAAUGCCGGGCACCUCAGACCCAGUCUAGUCAACGGUGUUUUGAGCAAGAACUGCCAUCCUCCAGUCUUCUUGCCCAGCUGGCCAGUGGUCCAAGGGAGCCUGCCUGGUGAGGCUCCUUUCCUUACUUACCCCUUAGGCUGCCAGGCUCAGGUCGCUGCUGCGGUGUUGUUUCCAUGUGUCUGCAGAACCUCUAAGGAGCUGGUUGCCACUCCUUUAUCCAUCCCCAACAGCCCCAACAUUUUCUUCAGGUUAAAAGUUUAAAAGGAAAAGAUUUUAAAAUAAAGCACUUAUGAAGGCUCAACAAAUUGUAAAUAAUUUUUAAAUAAAAUGAAAAGACCUUUCCUGAAA